UCGGAGCGGAUUGAGCGAACAAGUAAAGUAACUUUCCCGCCUUGCAGAAUGCCGUACACUCCCCCCGCACUCCUCUGAGUCUUCUCGGACACUCUUAGUCUGGGUUUGGGAACGCUCUCGUCUACUACUUCUUCGACAAACAGCGAGGAUCAAUGUCUAAGAAAAGAGGUCUUUCCCUGGAAGAGAAGCGUGAGAAGAUGCUUCAGAUAUUUUAUGAUUCUCAAGACUUUUUCCUCCUUAAGGAGCUUGAAAAGUUGGGUCCCCGAAAAGGUGUGAUUUCUCAGUCAGUGAAAGAUGUUGUGCAAAGUUUAGUGGAUGAUGACCUUGUUUUUAAAGAGAAGAUUGGGACUUCAGUCUAUUUUUGGAGUCUACCAAGUUGUGCUGGUAAUCAGCUGCGGAAUGUAUAUCGUAAACUUGAAUCUGAUCUCCAGACUGGUAAGAAUAGACUGGAAGAACUUACCGAGCAGUGUGAUGCAUUAAAGAAGGGAAGAGAGGAAUCUGAAUGCUUUCUUUCAUGCCAGGAAGAACGAAAGGAAGCCCUUGCCGAAUUAAAAGCCAUUGAACUGAAGUAUAACGAGCUAAAGGUUGAGAUGGUACAAUAUGCAGAUAAUGAUCCAGCUGCCUUUGAAGCAAUGAAAAAUGCAAUUGAAGAUGCUCACGCCGCAGCCAACCGAUGGACAGACAACAUUUUCACUUUGCGACAAUGGUGUUCAAACAACUUUCCACAGGCCAAAGAACAACUAGAGAACAUGUACAAGGAGGUGGGCAUAACGGAUGAUUUUGAUUAUUUGGAGUUGUCGCCAGUUCCUCUGAGUUCAGUUGGCGAUUAAGUGGGCAGAAGCUUCAUGCUCACAUAACCGCAUGCUUUAUAAUGUCAAAGUGAUUCUAAGACAACUACUGUAGAACAUGGGCGGCUUGUUACCUGUUCAUCAUUACUGUAAAUAAGAAACGUAUCAACUCUUGAAUCAGUUUAGUCAACAGAUGUUUCAUAAAACUGCAGUUUGUUA